AUGCUAGUUUCCAAUGUAAUCUUUUUGGCGUACUUAUUCGAGACUGUGGGUACCACCGUGGGUUUCAACGUAAAUGGGGAGCACGGAAUAAGCGUCAGCUUUUCCUUGGAUGAAGAAUUGCCCAUCGGUACGCUGAUAGGAAGCCUUGCUGAUAAACUAAGUCCCAGAAUAUCUACUUCAUCCGGCGUGCAGUUUACACCCCUCGGGCAAGAACGCUAUAUACGCCUGAAUCAGUCAUCUGGGCAAUUAUUUGUACGAAGUAGAAUAGAUCGUGAAGCACUAUGCGAACAAAUGGGGACUUGCUGUGAUUCUUCAUCUGAACCAACAAGUGCAUUUACUCACACAUUUGAAUCAAACGACCCAAGUUUCGCAUGUGCGCUUCGACUUCUGGUCAUAGGCCAAAGAGAUCCCAACCCCUCUAGUCAACCAGAACUUGUAUAUAUAACUUUUAAAAUUAUGGACGUAAAUGAUAAUCCGCCAAAGUGGUCUCCAGAUAGUUUAGAAAUUGAAAUUCCCGAACAUAGUCCAAUUGGGACGACUAUUCUACUGCCCGAAGCAACAGAUCCAGACUUAAGUAUUGAAAGUGCUCCGAUUAGAUAUGAACUGCUUCCCCAGGUGGAAGUUAGUAGCGAUUCUUUAAACUACGAAUCUUGUAGUAUUGAUGAUUUGUUCAUACUUUCUAUCGCAUCGACGGACCACGCCUACGGAGAAAUGCAAAGAUUAAAUCUACAGUUAAAAGUGAACUGUGAUCUGGACCGAGAACGCCGAGACUCCUACCGUUUACUACUGAUUGCCAUCGAUGGAAGCAACAAGGGCGCAGCAUUUGGAGACAGAACAGGCACGCUGAAUAUCAUCGUAAAAGUCACCGAUAUAAAUGAUCAGGCACCAUUCUUUCCAGAGUCGCAUCCUUCCAUCGAGAUCUCAGAAGACGUUGCCCCUGGGACACAAAUUUUUGCAAUGACGGCUAAAGACAAUGAUCCUUCAGAUGCUUCUCGGUUAAUCUACAGCUAUGCUUCUACGGCAAGUGGAGAAGUGAUGCGGUUGUUUUCCAUUUGUGAAAAAACAGGUGCGAUCACGGUGGUUCAAGAUUUGGAUUAUGAAGUGGCUCCCUUACUUCCUGAAGUAAGAUCGCUCACUUCCAUUUAUACUGUGCAAUCUCGCAAAGGAUGGGACGUAGGAUAUAUUAUUCCAGUUAAAGUGACAGAUGGUGUGCACUUUGCUCAGACCGAUCUCCGUAUUCAAUUGAAGAAUGUAAAUGAUAACGCCCCCAACAUAACAGUCCAUUCUCAUUUACCCCGAUGGUGCAAUACAAAUGACUUACUUUUGCCCGAAGAUGCCGCAGUUGGAACAAUGAUUGCAACAAUCAACAUUGAAGAUGCUGAUGAACGCUGGAGGGAUAAGAAAGGUGGCUCAAGUUAUAGUGAUGCCCACUGCGUAACAGCCCACCCAUUCUUCGUGGUCCAGCCACUUUUUCCCGGUGCACGUUAUCAGUAUAUGCUUGUCACAUCGCGGCGUCUGGACAGGGAAGCAAAAAACGCACAUACUGUGACUAUAGCUUGCCAUGAUUCAGGGCAGCCAGUGCUCUCAAGGGGCGUACAUGUUGUUAUCCACCUUGACGAUUUAAACGACUCUCCCCCAGUUUUCACUCAAUCUCGUUACCAUUUAAAAAUUUCGGAAAAUCUCCCAGUCAAUACAAUAAUUGGUAAAGUCAAAGCCACAGACGCGGAUACCGGUCUAAAUGGCGCGGUGCGGUAUUUAAUCAAGGAGAAAAAUGAUUUGCAAGAGUUAAUUAAACUAGAUCCAGUGUCAGGUCAAAUAUACACAGCUGCAAUAUUUGACAGAGAAAAAAUGGAAUCAAUCAAUUUUACUGUGGUGGCCAUGGACUGUGCGGGAGGUGGGGCAAAUAAAAGUGAAAACGGGAAAUCGUGCAACCCAAUUCACUCUGCCUCCACCACCGUUAUAAUCACGAUUGACGACAUAAAUGAUUGUGUCCCGGAAUUUGAUCAAAGCAAUUAUGAAUUCGUAGUGAAGGAGGGACAACGACCGCAACAAUCAAUCGGGUCCGUGCAUGCCAACGACAAUGAUGCGGGCGCGAAGAAUUCCCGCGUUCAAUACAGCAUAAGUGAACCCGAUCAUCCUCAGUCGCCGCACUUCGGUAGCGAAAUCACCGACGAAUACCGUCCCGGAAGCCUAUUCGCAAUUACUUCGAACGGAGAAAUUUACACUCGCACUUUACCCAUAGAUCGAGAGAAGACACCUAUUCUGAGUUUUACAGUGGUUGCCGCUGACUACGGACAUCCUUCACUGUCAGCAUUCGCAAACGUAGUAGUUCGUGUUCAAGAUGUCAAUGAUCAUACACCAGUGUGGAUUUUUCCGCAAUCUUCCAAUAGUAUCAUCGUGCAAGUCAAUAUGUCUAGCGACGCAACUGUCGGAAAGGAAAUAGCUCACCUUAAAGCUGUUGAUUUAGACAGUGGAGUGAAUGGAGAAAUAGAAUACUCGAUAAUUAAGGGCAACGAGAAGGAAUAUUUCGCAUUGGAUAAAGCAUCUGGAACCCUCUACCUUGCGAAACCACUCGUUAAUAAAUUGAAAUCUACGAUGAUUGAAUCGAAUGAAACGGAAUCAUUUUUCCUAAAUACUUCUAAAGAAUUUCCACCUAAAUCAUUCGUUUUAGCACUUAAGGCCUCAGAUAAGGGCAAGAAACCACGAAUGUGCAAUUUCACUUGGCAAAUUGUUUCCUUAUCCAUGACAGAUCAUCAGAGCACCGUAUCAACUCUUUCCGGAGAAGCGCCUUUUACAUCUAGCCAGAAUUAUCAAAAGUAG